CGUCCGCUCUCCCCCUCCUCCGGUUUCUGCGUGCGGUGCCACGUUAGUAGCUGUGGACGCAAAAAUACCAGCAACUCUUCCCCCCACCGGCCUUAAACAACGACAAGCGCCGCACUGACAACAGCUUGGCAGCCGACCGUUCGUCUGCAGCUCCCGUCAAUAAGAAGAAGAAGGAGAAGAAAAACACUCGAGAGCAACUAUGUGGAAGUUCCUGCUCAUCUGCACGCUCGUCGUGGCCGCCAGAGCCGAGGUCGGCGAGGAGGAAGAUGUCCUGGUGCUGAAGAAAAGUAACUUCGACGAGGCUCUCCAGACUCACCCCAACAUCCUGGUGGAAUUCUAUGCCCCAUGGUGUGGUCACUGCAAGGCCCUGGGUCCAGAGUUUGCCAAGGCCGCCGGCGUGCUGAAGGCCGAGGGUUCAGCGGUCCGCCUGGGUAAGGUGGAUGCGACAGAGGAGACCGAGCUGGCACAGGAGUAUGGCGUCCGGGGUUACCCCACCAUCAAGUACUUCAAGGGCGGAGAGAAGGCGUCACCCAAAGAGUACUCUGCUGGCAGGCAGGCAGACGACAUCGUCGCCUGGCUGAAGAAGCGCACUGGCCCGGCCGUUGUCACCCUCACCACAGUCUCUGAGGCCGAGGCUCUGAUCGCUGACAAUGAGGUGGCAGUCAUCGGAUUCUUUAAGGAUGCUGACUCUACCGGUGCCAAGGACUAUGAAAAAGCAGCAGAAACCACAGACGACAUUCCUUUCGCUGUGACAAGUGACGAUGCCAUUUUCUCCAAGUUCGAGGUGUCCAAGGACGGCGUUGUCCUCUUCAAGAAGUUUGAUGAAGGGCGCAAUACCUUUGAUGGAGAGCUGACCAAAGAGAACCUCCUGGCUUUUGUCAAGACCAACCAGUUGCCUCUGGUUAUUGAGUUCACAGAGCAGACCGCUCCUAAAAUCUUUGGAGGAGAAAUCAAGUCUCACAUUCUGAUGUUCCUGCCCAAAACCGCUUCAGACUUCCAGGACAAGAUGGACCAGUUCAAGAAAGCAGCAGAGGGAUUUAAGGGUCAGAUCCUGUACAUUUUCAUUGACAGUGAUGUGGACGACAACCAGCGCAUCCUGGAGUUCUUCGGCCUGAAGAAGGAGGAAUGUCCUGCAAUCCGCCUCAUCACCCUGGAGGACGAGAUGACCAAGUACAAACCCCAAAGUGAUGCCAUCACAUCAGAGGCCAUCAUCAGUUUCUGCAAACAGUUCAUUGAUGGCAAACUCAAGCCCCACCUCAUGAGCCAAGACAUCCCUGAGGACUGGGACAAAAACCCAGUCAAGAUUUUGGUCGGCAAGAACUUUGAGGAGAUCGCCUUCAAUCCUUCCAAGAACGUCUUUGUUGAAUUCUAUGCACCUUGGUGUGGACACUGCAAACAGCUCACGCCCAUCUGGGAGAAGUUGGGGGAGAAGUUUGUGGACAGCGCUGACAUCAUCGUGGCUAAGAUGGACUCUACAGCCAAUGAGAUUGACUCCGUCAAAGUCCACAGCUUUCCCACUCUAAAGUUCUUCCCUGCAGGAGAAGACCGCACGGUGAUUGACUACAACGGGGAGAGAACACUUGAAGGCUUCACAAAGUUCCUUGAGAGCGGCGGUAAGGACGGCGGUGCCCCUGCAGGAGAUGACGAUGAUGACGAGGAUCUGGACCCCGAGGAUUUGGAUGGUGUGGACGAAGGACAGGGCACGGACUCUGAUGGUGAGGGCGAUGAACAUGACGAGUUGUAAGAGCCUGUUAAAGGUGAGAAUGAGAGGAGACGAGUCCCGCCCCAACCCUUCCAACAAGUCACCAUCACUACAGUCACUUCCUAGUGGGCCUUCCCUGUCCUGUGAACAUUAAUACUUCCGCUUAAACUGCUUGUCAGCAGCCUGCCUCCUGGCCGGCCCACCAGUUGGCCAGUCAGUCCAUCGUGGCAUGGUAGGGCCUUUUUGCCGGCCACAUUUCCAAACCUGGACCAGACUUGUCAUGUCCCACCUUGGGACUCUGUGGAACAGCGCAACACCUCUAUGGGAGACCUCAAUGCCUUCUCUACAAAGCUCCACAUCAGCUGUCUGCCUUGUAUAUUUUAAACCAAAUGUAAAAAUGGCAUUGAGAUGCAGUUUUCAAAACGGUUGGUUAUUUUUCUGUUGACUUUGCUUCCCUCUUUAAAAAAAAAUUUAAAAAAAUACCCUUGUUAUUGUUCAGUUUGGGUAUGAGGUAAUUGGUAUUUUUAGGUAAAAGUGGGAGGGGGGGCUGGCAAUGUUCUUUUUUUCCCAAUGAUGGACAUCCAGAGGAUUUUUGUGGUUUGUUGGCAAGGAUGGCUCUCUCAGGGGACAUGGGGACAUCUUAUAAUUUGUUUAUUUUGCAAUGUCUUCAUUAAAAUAAACCCAAUAGAGCUUGUCCAGUGUAGCACAAAGGACCCACCCCAUCUGUAGCUGAGACCAAUUAUCUAUCUUGUUAGGUGAGAACGCUCUUUUCAUUUCUUCAUUCCCAAAUAAUGUCUCUGUUGUCUCAUUUCAGCAUGGCUACUGACUUCAUUUUUCUUUUCUUUUUUUUUUCUUUUUUUGAAAGAAACACUUUUUGUGAGAAUUUUAUUUAAUUGCUUUCACUAUGAGUUUUUCAUAUUCUUUUGUUAUUAAGGACUCCUUUUUAACAGUGUACCAUUGUAGCCAGCUGGCCCUUGGACACACUCUCAGACUUGGGAUGUUUUUUGGAGCCAGUUCUGAUAGGUCGCACUGCAUUCAUGCCUAAUCAGAGAUUCGCUGUGGUCGCUAAAGACCGGUUGGUACAGUUUACUCGUCUGGUUGGUUUGAGAGAAGCGUCUGUUAUAUCUGAAGUGGGAGGAAACAAUUGCACAGCCCCAGCCCUCACGUGUACUGUACCUCCUGCACCCCUUCGACUCUACACAACACCCUUUUUUGCCGUGCGUGUGCGUGUGCGUGUGCGUGUGUGUGUGUGUGUGUGUGUGUGUGUGUGUGUAAAAGAGACUGCCGAGUGUGCUGUGUGAACGUAUGGUGUAUGACAAGUUCAUAUUUUGUGGUUGUCUACGAAAAGGAGAAUAAAUGUGCUGGUUGUUUGGCAUGGAGGGGAGGCUUGAGAAGAGCUAGAUGAUGGGUUUGACGGCUACAGCGGUGGGGGAAACUUAAUAUAACAUUCCAUCAUAUCCAAAUUAAUGUGGAAAACGUGAAAUGGUGGCCAAUAAAUAAUUAAAAAACAUUGGAAAAAUG